AACGGUCUCUUCUCUCUCUCUCUCUCUCUCUCUAUAUAUAUAUAUAUAUCUAUCUAUCUGCACAUACCCAUUUCUUCCUCUCUCUCUCUCUCUCUCAGAUCCAGUUCGGAAAAUGGGUUUGCCUUCACCGUCGCAGCGUAAAGAAUCGUCUAUAUCUCGCCAUUAUAGAUAUUGCAGGAAGCAGAAAUCUCUGGGCCUAUUGUGCACCAAUUUUUUGGGCCUGUACAAUCGAGAUGGCGUAGAAACAAUCGGUCUGGAUAACGCUGCAGCUCAAUUAGGAGUUGAAAGGCGGCGGAUCUACGACAUCGUCAAUGUACUCGAAAGUGUUGGUGUUAUUGCAAGGAAGGCUAAGAAUCGAUAUUCUUGGAAGGGGUUUGAUGGAAUUCCCAAGGCCUUGCAAAAACUUAAGGAAGAAGGUUUGAAGGAGAACUUCAACGCAGUGGAUGGGUGUAAUUAUGCAAAGGUUUCAGACGACGAAGAAGAUGAGAAAAACUCUGAUCCAGUUAAUUCAAGCCAGAAUGACAAGUUAAACCAUUCUUCCACUAGUGGAAACUCUGAUCCAGUUAAUUCAAGUCAGAAUGACAAGUUAAACCCUUCUUCCACUAGUGGAAACUCUGAUCCAGUUAAUUCAAGCCAGAAUGACAAGUUAAACCCUUCUUCCACUAGUGGAUCUUCCACAACGUCCAAAACUGAGAAUCGGAGGGAAAAAUCUUUGGGACUUCUUGCACAGAACUUUGUGAAGCUUUUCCUUUGCUCAAAUGUGGAUACAAUCUCCCUUGAGGAAGCUGCCAAAAUAUUGCUUGGAGUCGGAGAUGCCCAUGAUCCAGCAACGAUGAAAAAUAAUUCUGCAGCUAAAGUGCGACGGUUGUAUGACAUUACAAAUGUGUUGUCUUCCAUGAAUUUCAUUGAGAAGACCAAUCAUCCAUAUACAAGGAAGCCUGCCUUCAGAUGGGUGGGAAUGAGAGAAAAGGUUGAUAAUGGGUCUGCAAAUGCUUCUGUUCUUGGUGAGUCCAAGAAAAGGAUAUUUGGGGUUGAGAUUACAAACACCAAUUCUAAGAGGAGCAAGAUGGUUCCACCAAUUGAAGGCAAUCCAAACCAAAUUACAAAGGUGCAGUUGCAAAUGCCUGUGAAAUGUGAGAAUGAGGCCAACAAAGGUAAUUUGGCGGAGGAUACAUGGCAGGGUUUAAAGGCUCACCAGUUUGGUCCAUUUGCUCCAGUCAGUGUACCCAAAUUUGGUGCUGCUGAGAACAAAGCGAAAAGGGGUCAUGAUUUGGAAAGCCUUGCGUCUAAUUAUCGCCCUAAUUAUCAAAAUCAAGCGUUGAUGGAUCUCUUCACUCAUUAUGUGGAAGCAUGGAAAUCAUGGUACUCGGAAGUUGCAGGGCAGAAUCCAAUACAGCUUACCUCCUUUUAGUUCAUCCUCACCAAGUCCUCAACCAGAUGAUUGAUUCCAUUCUUUCUUGCUUUUAAUUGACACCGAAGACAUGGCCUAGUUGACUGCAUAUUCUCAAUGCAUCAAUUUGGAACGGCUAUUCUCUGAAAGUUGUAGGAAUUUCAAUAUUUGGUUCUCAAACUUUUUAUUUUUAUUUUUAUUUUUAUUUUGGGUUCAGUAAAUUAAGUAUAGGUUCUCAGAUUUUGUGCAAAUAAUCUUCUGCCAAAUUUCAAGGUGAUCUCUUGUGGGUAUCCCAGGGUUGUCACUGAUCCCAUUAGCUAUUAUUUACGGUGAUUUUUUUUUAUAGAAACUUCAAGUCCUUUUCUCAGAUGCCAAUGCUAUUCUAUUUGCACUAAAAUGUAAGUACCUUCCAAGAUAUGCAAAGGUACAAAGUUGACUGAUCUUGAAGUUGAAAUGGUGUUGAGCACAGAUUCGGUUAGCUACUAUCACGGCCAACAUCAUCAAGGAUUACCAUCUGAUGAGCCUAAUGCCAGGUUCUAUUUGAGAUUUGUAGAAUUUUGUCCCCUCCCACUAGUUCAGUAGUUCCAAAGUGCUAUGUUAUUCGCAAUAGAUAACUUGAGUGAGGAUGACAUUUUUUCUGCAAAUCUGGCUUCGAGGGUG